UAUUCUUCUGUGUUUACACCCAAAAUGCUGAUUAACUUCAUAUCAAAGACAAAUAUUAUCUCCUACGGCGGUUGUAUGGCCCAGCUCUUCUUCCUCUGUGGUUUUGGUAUUUCUGAAUGUUAUAUGCUGACAUCAAUGGCCUAUGAUCGCUAUGUGGCCAUCUGUAAUCCACUUUUAUAUAAUGUUGCCAUGUCCCCUAAAGUGUGUUUCAGCCUUAUGCUUGGUUCAUAUUUGAUGGCAUUUUCGGGUGCCAUGGCAAACACAGGAUGUGUGCUGAGACUGAAUUUCUGUGAUGCAGCCACUAUUAACCAUUAUUUGUGUGAUAUGCUCCCUUUGCUCCAACUCUCAUGCACCAGGACUUAUAUCAGUGAGCUGGUGCUUUUCAUUUCGGUGGGCAUUGAUAUCAUUGUGCCCAGUGUCACCAUCUUUGUCUCUUAUGGUUGCAUCCUGUCCAGCAUCCUGUGCAUCAGCUCCACUGAGGGCAGGUCCAAAGCCUUCAGCACCUGCAGUUCCCACAUAUUUGCUGUUUCUCUCUAUUUUGGAUCUGGUGCAUUUGUGUAUCUUAAACCAUCUUCUGUUGGGUCAAUGGGUGAGGGAAAAAUCUUUUCUGUCUUUUAUACCAAUGUGGUUCCUUUGAUGAACCCCUUCAUUUAUAGCUUGAGGAACAAAGACGUUAAACUUGCUCUGAGAAAAACCCGAAGUGGUAGAACAUUUUGA